AUGCCUGCCACUCCUCAACCGCAAGACGACUCUCAUCAGCAACUACUAGAUACUAUGGACAUCUACUACACGCAGAAGCCUUUUCGCAACCAAACCUGGAAGCCGUCAGGUCGACGUAACAAGAACACCAAGCAGAUCAUCGGCGAGACACAGAGAAGAGAGGCAUCGGUGAUGGUGACACAGAACAAUUCCGGCGCAUCGACACCGUUGCCAGCAACUGGCGCAACUUCGGACGGCGCAGCUACGCCAGUGCUCGGCGCAGGAGCAGCGAAACCCCUGAACAUGGCACAGGCUACGCAAAGCUUGUCGACACUGGUGCUCGAGAAAAAUCUACAGAAGGCUGCGAACGGCCUGCCUACGAGCCUAGGACCCGCAGUGACAUAUACCAACAUCGAGAGCGCGCCUAGUCUAAGCCCAGCGCGCCAGAAGCAAUACUGCGACAUUACCGGUCUGCCGUCGCGCUACACCGACCCUAAAACGAAACUUCGAUACUACGACCAGGAGAUCUUCGGUGUGGUGAGGACUCUUCCCCCCGGCGGUCCGGACCAAUACUUGGCGGCAAGGGGUGCGAAUGUGGUCUUGAAAUGA